ACGCGCGCUCGAUAACCGCACUACGGCCGUGUGGCGGUGGCGGCACGUGUCCGAGGGCCUAGUGCUCCGAGAGGAGACAGAUGAAGGAGGCUGCUGCCGACCCCGUGCCGACCCGACCGCGACUCGACGCGAAGGCGCGGGGUGAGAUGCGCGACGGCCGGUGGCGCGCCAGUCGCACGCUCGUGCCUAUCGGAACUGCCAGUCCGCUGUCUCGCUCCUAUACACGCUCCUCACGUCGCCGUAUUUUCGUUUCAACUGAACUGAGAUUGUUUUUUUAAUCAGUGCUUUUGUAACACAGAUUGUGCUAUAGCGGAGUUGUAGCAGUGUUGAAAGAUAUAAGGUGGAAAAUUGAUUUUCGGGGAAAGUGUUUUUCUUGUAUGUGGUCGAGGCGCCUCGGAAGCCGGCACCGGGCGGGUUCCCGCUCGUAGUGGCAAGUCGGUGGAUGGUGCGGCGCGGGCGGGCGCCGGGGCGCGGCCGGCGCCGCUAGCAAAAUGUCGAUACCCCUGGGCCGGGAGACGGUGCUCCCCACGCAGUGUAUGGCGCGUGCAUUAUACGACAACAUUGCGGAGUCGCCCGACGAGCUGGCCUUCCGUCGCGGCGACCUUUUGACCGUGCUGGAGCAGAACACGGGCGGCAGCGAGGGCUGGUGGCUGUGCUCAUUACGAGGAAGACAGGGAAUAUGUCCUGGCAACCGUCUGCGAGUGGUGGCUGGGGUGUUCGACGCGAGCGCAGCCAUGCAGAGGAGACGGGCGCGGGCGCCGGCGCCAGUCGCGCAUCAGCCAAUGCCGGCGCAGCAGUCACCGGCUUUCACUAAAAUAGAAGAAUGUUCACUAUACGACGUGCCUCGGGCUCCAAUGCCGGUGCAACGCAUCGCGAACUAUGACAGUCCUCGGCCGCUGCCGGCGGCGGACUGGUAUGACGCGCCCCGGGCCCCGCGCCCUGCUAGCGCAGACUCCGCUUGCAGCGGGACCGGCUCACUAACCUCGGCUACGUCCAGUGCGUCAGCCAACUCUGGCAGUUCUGCUCAUUCAGCCGCUUCUGCCUCGAGCACCUAUGAUGUGCCGAGGACGAGAGCACUACCCUUGCCGUGUGAUGCAGCUUUAGAGGCCUUGGAAAGACUACAGGAGGAAGCGUCAGCAGCGGUGUCCCGGCUGCUGUCGUACGUGACGCCGGGCUGGCGGCGGCGCGGCGCGCUGCGGCCGCGCGUGCUGGACGUGCGCGUGGCGGGCGCCCGGCUGCGCGCCGCGCUGCACGACCUCGCCGUCUUCGCUGACGCUACGCUCGCCAACGCUCACGAUGCGCAAGACAAAGGUAUCGCAGUAAAAUUAAGGCCACUUGUGAAGGCAUUGAAAGACGCAGAGCGGAUAACGCACGAGGCAACGAGCGCGCUGGACGCCGGCGACUGGGCGCCUGACAGACUGGAGCGGGACCGGGAGCCCACAGACGGGACUCUGGACGCGUUGGACCAGCUGGUCGCUUGUGCUAGGUCUCUUACCGAAGACGUCAGGAGAGCAGCAUCGUUUAUCAAUGGAAAUGCGUCUUUACUCUUCAGGCGGUCAGCACCAGUCCCGGAGCACGAAUGGACGGAAGAGUACGACUACGUGCGGCUAGAGUCUCGCACGGCAGUGGGCAGAAGAAACGCGGAGAUUCGCGCUGCACUACCAGAUAAACUAAGAGCUUCCUUUGACGCGCUUGUGCGGGAUGCAGAUCAUGCCGGAGAGGUGAGCGCAGUAGCGGCGGCGGCGCGGCUCCCGGCCGACGACCGUCAGCUGGCCGCGUUCUACGCCGCGCAGACGGCCACGUACGGCGCGCACCUCGCCACGGCCGUGGACGCGUUCCUGCGCACCAUCGACAUGGGGCAGCCGCCCGACGUCUUCCUCGCGCACGGCAAGUUUGUCGUGCUCAGCGCGCACCGCAUCGUGCACGUGGGCGACACCGUGCAUAGAAGCGCCCACCACGCAGGCCUAAAAGCAAGAGCGCUAAGAUGUUCCGAUGCGCUCUCAGACGCAUUAGCCACAACCGUGGCGAAGACCAAAUCCGCCGCGCAACAGUUCCCUUGCGCAAGCGCCGUCGCGGAAAUGGCCGACGCUGCCCGAACGCUGGCUGCCCGAGCGCAGGAGCUACGGCGGGUGUUAGUGCGGGCGGCCGACCCUCCCCCCGCGCCCGUCGCCUCACCCCUUCUCACACCCGCCACCACAGUCCCACCUUCAACAGCCACCACUCCAUUGACGCCUCUUACACCACAUAACAACACCAGUAUCCCGUCAUUGGCAACCCUGCAAAUAUAACUAAAUAGCGUAAGAUAAACGCGGUUGAGUCCGUUAAACGGUGCGAGUGAAGCUCAAAGAUGGUAAAUACUUAAAGAUGGUCAGAAUAUUUCGAUAGUCGAAAAUGAUAUCAAAGGACCUUUUAAAAAUGAAAUUAAGAGAAGUAACCUAGAUCUUUAAAAUUAUUGAGUUGUAAACUCUGGCUAGAGAAAUUUAUCGCUAGGGAUAACCUGUGUAUUUAAGAUUAAGAUAUUGCGUAAAAGCAUAUCUAAAUUAACGCUGAAUAUUAAUUCGGCAUGAUUGAGAGCAGAGUAACUUAAGAUGAUUCGACGUAGGUGCAGUAGAAAAAUAUUCGAUCGAUAGAAUGCGUUCGGUUAAAAAACUUGCAAACAAUAGGAAAGCCCGUUUUGGUCAACCCUGCUGGAACAGGGUCCAAAAUUGCAGGUCUUUUGACACCAUACAUCGUGGUUGUGCUCUCCGCACUAUAUUACCAAAGAUAUCUUUAUAUGACUGCCGAAUAAAGACGAUUAACCAAGUUUCUAUUAGACUUUAAUACUAACAAAGGCUGCCGUUAUUUUUCUUUUAAUUAAACGAGGUUUGCAUACUAGUAACGUGAGAUUUGAUUGCUGGAUGCUCAUUUGCUGUAGUGAGUUGAGUUGUCCGUCCAGUUUUAUACAAUUUUGCAAUUUGCAACAGUGUGUUUAUAUUGUAGAGAAAGUCGAUUUUGCUCGACUUUUAGACGUUUUACAACGAUAUACGAGAACCACUAGUAAGAACUAUUAGGGUAAGUUCACAUUACAGGAUGGCAAUCCAGUACUCCACUGCACAAAUACACAUUCUGUGACGAUCAUAAAUUUUACUAUAGUUCAGGAUUUGUGUGGCCAUGUGAGCUUAGCCUAAAGUUUCAUCGCUUAUGUACCUAACAGUUUUAUAUUAUAUUUAGAGUGAAUAAACGAGUUUGUACAACAUUCAGUACUGUGUGACGAUGCCUAAAAUAUUCUUAGAUAUAAUCACUCGAAGUGUUAGGCACUACGUAGAUGUACAAAAUCAAUGUCUUCUUUUAUAAGUAGGUAGGUAGGAGCCAUAGAGAAAAAACAUACGCAAAAAGUGAUUUGUUGUAUAUUUGCUACCCAAGUUUUUACAAAAACUUAGAACAAAAAUGCGUACCUACUAUAAAUCAUUAUCGUUUUUGUUACACCUAUGGAUUUAUGACAACAUUUUAUACUAUACAAUUCACCACGUAGUUUUAUAAUUUGAUAAAGAUAUUAUGUCAUCGUAAACAAGUGUACAAAAAUAUUAAUUGUUAACCGUCAUAAGGCAGUAGCAUUUAUCAAUACUGCCUCAUUGAACCUUAUUACGCAAACAUAAGAUUCAAAAUCGCAUUAUAAACAGAUCAAUGCAAAAAUUACCUCAGCUCGAUGUGAUUUUAUUGUAAAAGAUGUGACUUAAUUCAUCGAAUAAAGGUACCAGUGCGUUCCCAGACAUUGCCCAUGGAAUUAACUGAUAUUAUUUUUAAUAUAUAGGUAAACCAAAAAACAUUAAAAGUGGGUUGCACCAGUCAAAUUGGACGUUAACUUUAUCCCGCGUCGUUCAGAUAAAAUGGCGUACUUUGUGUUAUUCUGCGCAGAUUAAAGUCAACGUCAAAGUUGACUGAUGCUACACACACUAAAAGUUUUUGUAACAAAUCUUUAAAACGACUGACUGGACAAAUAGCAAUGUGUGCUCAAUUACCACUAUACUUAUGUGACGCUCAUCAUUAUGUACUUGUGGCUUGUCAUUACUUACAUAUUGUAUGUAUGUACGUAUCUAUUUUUUACUUUAAGUAGAUAGAUGUAGGGUAUGAUAUCAAUGUAAAAAGCAUGUUGUACAAUAGCGAUGUGUAAUAUAAUAUAUUCAUAGAUGUUGUAGUCUAGUUAGGUUUAGAUGAAUUGUACAAAUGCAUAAAAAUAAUAAUUUUAAUAUUGAACUGUAAUUUAAUCAUCUUGUAAAAGCGCAAUCAAUUAAAAUAUACAAAUUUUCGUAUCUAA